AGCCGAAGAUCAUAUAAAAGCCAUGGGAAGUCAUCGAAUCCGUAGCACACAUCUUUUGUUGAGCACAGCCUAAACACUCGAAAUCAUGAAAUUCCUUAUCAUUGCCGUUGCCUUCUUGGCCUGCGCCUUCGCCGAUGUGUCCGAGCUGGGAGGCUACGAUUACCAGCAGCCUGCUCCUGCCCCCGUUGAGACCUACAUCCCUCCGGCACCCCCAGCACCGGCUCCCGUUGAGACCUACAUCCCUCCUGCACCCCCGGCACCCGAGUACAUCCCCCCUGCCCCUGUCCAGGCCGAGGAGCCCAUCCUCGAGGAGAUUGAGCAGCCCGCCCAGGACGGCUACCGCUACAAGACCGUUCGCCGUCGCGUCUUCCGCCACCGCAACUAAGCCAAAGGCUCAUUGUUAUUGUUUGUUUUGUUGAAAUGAGAGCAGCCUCCAAAAAAAAAGACUAAAAUUUAAAGAUACUCCAUCAGA